GCCUCGUCGCUGCGCGGUUGUAGUACUGCCCUCACUUUCUGCACAUGCGACAUGGAUCCAAGGGCACCGCAUUUUCGACGACAAGGCCUUCGUGAACCCGACUAAUAGCAGAGGAUCUGGAAGUUGCCGACAGAGGACAGGAGUCUAUCGAGAAACGUGUGUAGAGCGGUGUUCAUAUCCGAGUUUCGAAUUCCCAGAGCGUGCGCUACCAGCGAGCAGUCUCUUCUGUGACCGACGCUACGUAUACGCUGCCUGCGUCUGCCGUGGACGCCCUCCGUCCUGCCCAUGUCCAAGUCCAAGCGCAACUCCCUUGGCACUGGCAACGGCUUCCUCCCGGCCCCCGCAACAGCUGUCCACCCAGGCCACUACCACAAGCACCUCCGCUUCGCACAACAUGCGGCUCCCUGCAGACCCAUCCAGGUGCCCCGCAUCCCUCGCCCGAGGAUGACCACGCUCUUUCUCGUUGCACUCGCUUUCUAUGCGAUCUGUGGCUAUGUCACCCUGGGCAGACCGUCUGCACCUGAAGCCGCACACGUCGAAGCUGAGAACACGGAGAGCAACCUGACGUCGGAUAGAUCGAUAUUCGGGGCAGAUAGCAUGAGAUGGGCGCAGUACGCUCCGUACUUUCCUGUGCAGCCCUAUGUCGCGCCGCCGAAGGGCUGUGAUGUGGACCAGGUUCAUAUCUUACAGCGUCACGGUGCUCGCUACCCGACCACCGGAGCCGCGGCGCGCAUACAAGCUGCCCUCGCCAAGCUUCACGCCGUAACGGUGUUGAGCAACUCCCCGCUCGCCUUCGUCUCGAACUACACGUAUACGCUCGGGCAGAACUCGCUCGUAUCCCUCGGCGCGCAAGAGUCCUAUGACUCUGGCAAGGAGGUCUACACGCGAUAUGCUCCGCUUGUGGAUGCGGAGAAUCUGCCGUUCGUGCGUGCAUCUGGGAGCGAGCGCGUUGAGCAGAGCGCGACGAACUGGACGGCAGGCUUCGCAGCAGCGAGUAGCGGUGUGUAUGCGCCCACACUCUCCGUCGUCAUUUCCGAAGAGAGCAACGACACCCUCGACGAUUCCUCCUGCCCUCGCCACAAGAGCUCCUCCCUCCCCGAUGCCUACAUUGACAUCUACGCUGCGAACUUUACCGCCGCGCUCAACGCCGGUGCGCCCGGCGCGAACCUACACAACGCGGACACACAUGCGCUCGUGACGCUCUGCAUGUUCGAGAGCGUCGCUCGGGAGGAGCGGAGCGCGUGGUGCGACCUGUUCGCGGAGCUCGGCGCGUGGGACGGGUUUGAGUACUGGGCUGACUUGGACAAGUACUACGGGACCGGAUACGGCAACCCGCUCGGGCCCGUGCAAGGCGUCGGCUACGUGAACGAGCUCCUCGCGCGCCUCACCUCGACGCCCGUCUCCGACAGCACCUCCACGAACCGCACGCUCGACGCCGCGCCCGCGACCUUCCCGCUGAACCGCACGGUGUACGCCGACUUCUCGCACGACAACCUGAUGGUCCCCGUCUUCGCCGCGCUGGGGCUCUUCCCGACGGACCCGCUGGACCCGGCGAGCGGCGCGGGGGGCGUGUGGAACGUGAGCAGGAUGGUGCCGUUUGCGGGGAGGAUGGUCGUGGAGCGGUUGACGUGCGGGGAGGGGGAUGCGAGUGAUGAUGAGGAGGGGCGGUAUGUGAGGGUGCUGGUGAACGAGGCAGUGCAGCCGCUCGCGUUCUGCGGGGCGCGCGGCGAUGGGGUGUGUGGGUUGGACGCGUUCGUGGAGAGUCAGGCGUUUGCGAGGAGUGGGGGGAAUGGGACGUGGGGGGCGUGCUUCGAGUCGGACUCAUAGCAUGUCCUACCCGCGCUUGUCAUAGACCAGGCUAGGUUAGAGCAUAUAGAACGGAUCGCCUGGACGUCAGCGCGUCAGCUCUGGGAGGCGACGCUUUUACAGGAACCAUGCCACGUCUCGCUGAGACAAUGAGCUUUGAGGUGAGCCUUCGUCUUGUGUCCGCAGCUCCUGGAUGCUCAUGUCCAUCCUUAACAGGUAGUGUGAGGGGC